AUGUCUCUCGAAAACGACCAUGUUUAUGCUGUGUAUGAUAAGAUCGCUGGCCAUUUUUCGGCGACGCGCUAUAUGCAAUGGCAGGGCGUUGCUCGCUUUCUAUCUUCACUCCCUUACGCUUCCGUAGUCCUCGAUCUAGGCUGUGGAAAUGGAAAAUAUAUGUUUCAGAAGGAGCAGCGAUUGAGUAUCAUUGGAUGUGAUCGUUCCGUGGAGUUGCUUCGCAUUUGUCGACAGCACAACUUCGAUGUUAGUCUCGUGGAUGGAGUGUUCCUUCCUUAUCGAGACAGCUGCUUCGACGCGGUGAUAUCCAUCGCUGUCGUUCAUCAUCUCUCAACGAACGCUUUGCGAAGGAGGUUUUUGGCACAUCUCAUCCGCGUCUUACGACCUGGAGGCAGAGCCUUGAUUGUUGUUUGGGCGAUGGAAAAGGAUACUUCGGGAGCCAAAACAAAGUCAAACCGAGGCUAUGAGAAGGCGGACGUGAUGGUACAAUGGCAACUUCAGAAGAAGUAUACAGCAGAUGGGGAGGAAGAACCAGUGUACCAACGGUACUACCAUAUGUUCCAGGGAGGUGAGCUUGAAUGGUUGCUGCGGUCUUUUAGUGAAAUCUGUAUAAAGGAGAGUUGGUAUGAGCGAGAGAACUGGUUUGUCGAGAUCGAACGAUUGUUCGCUGUUUGA